AUGAAUUCAGCGACAGGUUAUCCUGGAGGGGGAUUUUUUGGGUAUUUUGAUACGAUGAACGCAUUGAUGCUCCGUCAGCAGAUUCUAGCGAAUGCGAGAGUAGUAUUUCCGGACAUCUCUGAAACCGAACUCAUAACUGGGAGGGAAACAGUCGAAAAGGAGGGUGAUUACGCGAAAACUCACUACUAUGCGUAUAUAACUUGUCCAAAAGAAUCCAGCGGUUCCUUUGAUGUCCUCGCUAGGAGCGAAUCUGAAGAACGGAAAGGUGCACUGUUUGACUUACUGGAGCUUCUGGAGAGGAAGACAUUCGCCAUCAUGGAGAACGUCUGUGCCGCAAAGGAAUCCUGA